AGAAAGAAGAUCCCACAGAAGAAGAGGGAGGAUGAGCCUGGAUGAGUCAAGGGCGCCUCUGAGCAUGGACAGAGCGCCUCGGGAGAGCGUUCUUUCCUAGAAGUAUGCGAUUAAGGAAUGCAGUGACUACAAAUCUGCGCUUCCUCCUUUAAUCGAAAUGAACGAAUUGAGGCUUCUCCAGAGUGAGUCAUCUGCAGCUGAACUUGAUGGGGUAAUAUCAGAUCUCGAAAAUGGAGGUUUCCAUAGAAGAGGACAUAAGAUGAGAACGCUUAGCCCCGAAGAAGCUGAAAGGCUGGCCAAAGAUCCAGUCGUAGUAUCUGAUUUCAAGCAACAGAAGCUUGAGAAAGAAGCACAAAGGAAUUGGGACUUGUUUUACAAAAGGAACAGCACAAAUUUUUUCAAGGAUAGACACUGGACAACAAGAGAGUUUGAAGAACUGAAAGCCUGCCGUGAAUUUGACGAUCAGAAACUGACAAUUCUCGAAGCAGGCUGUGGUGUUGGGAACUGUUUGUUUCCACUUUUAGAAGAGGAUUUCAAUAUCUUUGCUUAUGCCUGUGAUUUCUCUCCACGAGCCGUGGAAUAUGUAAAGCAAAACCCUCUGUACGAUCCCCAGAGAUGCAAAGUGUUCCACUGUGACCUUACCAAAGAUGACCUUCUGGAAAAUGUACCACCAGAUUCUGUAGAUGUUGCGACGUUGAUAUUUGUACUUUCUGCCAUUCAUCCAGAGAAGAUGCAUUUAGUUUUGCGCAAUAUUUAUAAGGUAUUAAAACCAGGCAAAUGUGUGCUGUUCAGAGAUUAUGGUCUCAAUGAUCAUGCAAUGCUGAGGUUUAAGUCUGCUAACAAGCUUGGUGAAAACUUCUAUGUAAGACAAGAUGGAACCAGAUCAUAUUUCUUCUCAGAUGAUUUCUUGGCAGAACUUUUCCUGUCUGUGGGCUACAAGCAAGUGGUCAAUGAAUAUGUGCUUCGAGAAACUGUGAACAAAAAGGAAGGCCUGUGUGUGCCAAGGGUUUUCCUCCAAAGUAAAUUUCAGAAGCCUCACAAAGAAACAUGAUUUUUGCAAAGGCCUGAAGUUGGUGGAACAUUUGAACAUUGUUUUGAAAAUUAGCCUAACCUCUUGCAGGUUCAUAAGCAUUCCUUGGAUGCAACCACAGAGAUAAUAUCAAAAGGCUUUUUUUCUUCUGUUUUAAGCUAACUGCAUAUUUUGUUUGAACCCUCAGAACUGUGGUAAUCAUAAUUAUGGUCAUGGGCAUCAAGCUAAUUUUAUAAACUAUUAUUUGAACUGGUAACAUUUCCACUAUUUUUAGCCAUGGUUUAUCUACAUUUGGAUGACAUAAUGAAUAGGAGUUCAGAUAAAACAGAACCAAAAAUUUCCAUAUUGCUACUUACAGUGAUGUUGGCCCACAUGAUCCAAGAAGAAACCAUAGUUUAACAUCGUAUCUGAAUCAAUGGAAUAUAUAUAUAUA